GUGAUAAUUGGUGUCGACGCGAUGACGACCUCGGUCCUGGCCCGGAUCGGGCGCUUACCGCCAUGUGCAUGGCUCGUCCGUGGCCUAGCGACGAAGAAGCCACCGAUCGACCUGCGCGAAGAGGACCUCGAUGAGUCGUUCGUCAAAGGCAGCGGAAAGGGCGGCCAAAAGAUCAACAAGGUCCGCAACAACGUCUUCCUCAAGCACCGGCCGACCGGCCUCUUUGUGCAAUGCCAGAAGACGCGAUCGCUUGAUGACAACCGCCGCGUCGCGCGCAAGCUCUUGGCCGCCAAGCUGGACGACCACUUUAACGGCGCGCAGAGCGUCCGCAGCCUCAAGAUUCUCAAGCUCCAGAAAAAGAAGGCGAAGAAGAAGGCCAAGUCCCGGCAGAAGCACCUCGCCGGCUCCAAAGACGCCGCUGCUCACGAUGUGGACGAAGACGACAACGACGACGACGAAGAUAGCGAUGAUGAUGAAGACAGUGACGAAGACAGUGGCGAAGACAGUGCCGACGACCACGACAGUGAAGACGACCCAGAUGACACAGAUGACAGUGCGCAAGACAAGGCCGCUGCAGCUGCACGCAAAGAGCAGCAGUAG